AUGUGCGGUAUCUUCGGAUACAUCAACUACUUGGUGGAGAAGGACAGGAAGUACAUCCUCGACACUCUGGUCAAUGGACUCGCCCGUCUGGAGUACCGGGGCUAUGACUCGGCCGGUCUCGCCGUCGACGGCGACAAGAAGAAGCAGGUCUUCGCAUACAAAGAAGUCGGCAAGGUCGCCAAGCUCCGCGCCCUCAUCGACCAGGAGCAGCCCGACAUGACCAAGGUCUUCGAUAACCACUGCGGUAUCGCGCACACCCGUUGGGCCACCCAUGGUCCACCAUCCCGCAAGAACUGCCACCCGCACCGCUCGGAUCCCAACUGGGAGUUUGCGGUCGUGCACAACGGCAUCAUCACCAACUACAAAGAGCUGAAGGAGCUGCUCUCCGGCAAGGGCUUCAAGUUCGAGACGGAGACGGAUACGGAGGCUAUUGCGAAGCUGGCCAAGUACAUCUAUGAUGAGCACCCGACCAUCGACUUCACCACCCUUACGAAGGCAGUUAUCAAGGAGUUGCAGGGCGCUUUCGGUUUGUUGCUGAAGAGUGUGCACUUCCCCGGCGAGGUGGUUGCAGCUCGCAAGGGUUCGCCGCUCGUUGUGGGUGUCCGCACGGAGAAGAAGAUGAAGGUCGACUUUGUGGACGUCGAGUACGCCGAGAACGAGGCGGCUCUUCCGGCCGAGCAGGCUAGCCACAACGUCGCUCUGCGCAGCAACAACAACUUGCUCGCACCGCCAGACAAGUCGAACCUCCUCCAUCGCUCGCAGUCGCGCGCUUUCCUGUCCGACGACGGUGUGCCACAGCCGACUGAGUUCUUCCUUUCCUCCGACCCGUCGGCCAUCGUCGAGCACACCAAGAAGGUGCUCUACCUCGAAGACGACGACAUCGCCCACAUCCACGAGGGCCAGCUCAACAUCCACCGCUUGAGCAAGAUGGACGGCACUAGCAACGUCCGCGCCAUCCAGACCAUCGAGAUUGAGCUGCAGGAGAUCAUGAAGGGCCGCUUCGACCACUUUAUGCAGAAGGAGAUUUUCGAGCAGCCCGAGUCGAUUGUCAACGCCAUGCGUGGUCGUUUGAACGUUGAAGAGAAGACUGUUACACUGGGUGGCUUGAGGCAAUACAUCAGCACCAUCCGCCGCUGCCGCCGUCUCAUCUUCAUCGCCUGCGGCACUAGCUACCACUCCUGCAUGGCCGUGCGCGGCUGCUUCGAGGAGCUGACCGAUAUCCCCAUCUCCGUCGAGCUGGCCUCCGACUUCCUGGACCGUCAAGCCCCCGUCUUCCGCGACGACACCUGCGUCUUCGUCUCCCAAUCCGGCGAGACGGCCGACUCGCUCAUGGCGCUGCGGUACUGUCUGGAGCGUGGUGCGCUGACCGUCGGCAUCGUCAACGUCGUCGGCUCCUCCAUCUCGCUCAUGACGCACUGCGGUGUGCACAUCAACGCCGGCCCGGAGAUUGGUGUGGCCAGCACGAAGGCGUACACGUCGCAGUUUGUGUGCAUGGUCAUGUUUGCGUUGAGCUUGUCUGAGGAUCGCGCCAGCAAGACGCAGAGAAGGCUGGAGAUCAUGGAGGGCUUGGGGAAGGUGAGCGAGCAGUUUAAGGAGAUUUUGAAGAUGGAUCAGGAUGUGAAGAAGUUGUGUGAGAGGUUCAAGGACCAGAAGAGCAUGCUGCUGCUCGGACGCGGUGCUCAGCACGCUACUGCCCUCGAAGGCGCCCUCAAGAUCAAAGAAAUCUCCUACCUCCACUGCGAAGCCGUCAUGUCGGGCGAGCUCAAACACGGCGUCCUCGCCCUCGUCGACGGCCAGCUCCCCAUCGUCAUGAUCCUGACGCGCGACGACAUCUUCACCAAAUCCCUCAACGCCUACCAGCAGGUCAUCUCGCGCGGCGGGCGGCCGAUCGUCAUCUGCAACACGGGGGAUAAGGAGUUCCCGGGCGAGAAGACGGAUAAGAUUGAGGUGCCGCAUACGGUGGAUAUUCUGCAAGGGUUGUAUAAUGUGAUUCCGUUGCAGUUGAUGAGUUAUUGGUUGGCUAUUAAUGCUGGCGCCGACGUAGACAAUCCAAGAAACCUCGCGAAGAGCGUCACAGUCGAGUAG